AUGAUUGUAGAAAAUCUCAAGUAUGAUGAUGAUAAUGAUACUAUUAAAAUUUUAAAAUUUCGUACCUCCGUCAAGAAGGCAUUUAUUUUUUCAAAUUUUUAUAAUGGAUUUGCCGUCAUCGGAGAAAUAUUUUUUACUUUUUUACUUGGUUUUAGUGGAAUACCUUUGAUUGGUGCUAUAAUUUUAGAAUUUGUCUAUUUUUUGUCUGUUGUCAAGAAUGGUCAGGAGUUGGCAAUGAGACAAUACCUAAUAUUUCAAAUUGUCUGUACAACACUAUUUUUAUUAAGAAUAUUAAUGUCUUUUUCAUUACUUGAAAUUAUGAUUUUUGCAAUAUAUGGAACAAGAAGUUUUAGUAAUUUUUUUGUCUUUAGAUAUUAUAUAAAAUAUUUAAAAAAACUUAGCAUUCUUCGUGAGGAACAAAAAAAAUUAGAGAAAGAGAAUCAAUAUAAUUUAAGAGAAAAAACUUUUACAAAUCUUUUUUUAAAAAAAUUUAAAUCAUCAUCAAAAGGACCAACAAAAGUAACAAAUUUGUCAUAUGAAACCAUAAAACCAUCAAAUAAUAUUUCAGUAAAAAAUCAAAGUUUUGUAAAUAAAUUAUCUAUUGACAAUGAGGCAGAUUUUGAUGAGAUAAAAUUAUAA